CUGGUGAUCCCAAUGGAGGGCAAUCACUGGCUCAGUAUGAAGAAAGUGCUAGCUGAGCUGAGCAAAAGAGGGCAUGAGAUAGUUGUUACCACACCAGACACCAAAACGCUGAUAGAUUCCUCAGGGAGCUCUCCCAUGUUUGAAGCUUCCUGCCAUUCCUUACUGUACAACAAAGAGAUGAUGAAAUACAUUGAAGAAAGUAAAUUUGAUUCCAUCUUUACAGAGCCUCUGACAACCCAUGGACAAAUAAUAGCUUUGCACUUUUCUAUCCCUACUGUUUUCUUCUUGUGGGGCAUCCCAUGUGCUAUAGACAUUCAUGAUGCUCAGAGUCCGGACCCACCGUCCUAUGUCCCACGAACGUUCCCACUCAGUACAGAUCGUAUGACAUUCUCUUAGAGGGUGAAGAACUUCCUCAGUAGCAUUUCAGAGUCUUUCACCUGCGCUGUGGUCUUUUCACCAUUUGAAAGCCUGACCUCAGACUUUCUCCAAAUGCCAAUAACAAUUUCACAGCUUUUAAGACAUGGAUCCAUUUGGCUGAAGAAACUUGACUUUGUCUUUGACUAUCCCAUGCGAAUACCCAAUAUGAUUUUCAUUGGAGGCAUAAACAGAAGAAACCAUUAUCUCAGGUCAGUGACUGGCUGGGGAAGAUGUAACAAGGGAAAAGUUCUGGCAGUCACACACCUGCGUGAUCUGAGUGAGGUUUAA